CCGAGUGUUCCGAGCGUACACGGACGUACGCUGGAUGAGCUGCGUCGCCCGCGUUUCAUUUUUGCUUCUAAUAUUUUUAAAAUCCAGUCGAUCGAAAUCUAAAAAGCAGAGUAAAUAUGUUUGCACCUCGAAAGCGUUAUAAGCAAUAUUUAGAACCGGGAAGUAUUGGCAAAAUUCCACCAUCCACAUUGAGACGCUGGCGUAAACAAGGAAAAUCAAAUAUAUUUGACCUAAACAAAGUCAUGCCUGCAUCAGCUUCAGCUUUUUCUGAACAAUCAAGCAUUAUAAAUCAUUCACCACCACAACAUGAGCACGAUGAUAUAUUUGCUGCUGAUUUUGAAAUGGAUUUGGAUUUGGAGAAUCAAGAACAGCUGAAUCUUGAUCCACAAGACAAUAAUGAAGAGAUUGAAAAGUUUGUCGGAUUUAGCAGAAAAUAAUUUGGGGAAUUAUUAUGGAUUUUUUUAUGAUUGCUAUUGGAAACUCGAGUUUUUGAUUGCAAUAAUGGGCUGUUGUACAUUUCGGAAUUAGUUUAUUGUUGCUAUGCAAUAAUAUAUGAUUCAAAUUGGAAUCGUGACUUUUUCUUUACUAUUGCUAGGUUGUGGGAAAUCUUUCUAAUUAUUUCGGAUACUUACCUACUAUAUCUAAUUAUCUAUAAAAUACAUCUGACGAAAAAUGGAAUUAUUGUAAUUAAAAAUUAUUUUAUAAUAGCUCGAUCGAUUCCCUGUUUAAACGAUAAAUCGAUUUUAAAACAAAUGUAUAGUACAUAAAAAAUUUAAAUACAUAGUAAUCAGAAGACAUAGUCGGAAUGACAGUAGAAAUCUUGCGUUUUCUAUCGGAAUCGUAACUAGUUCCAAUAAUAGCUCCUCAAGGCAUGUAUUAUAAAACUUUUCGGAAUGAAUUUCGAUCGGAAUUAUUUCAUUUUUCCACUGAAAAAAUAUUUCUCGCACAAAAAAUUAAAUAAAUAAGUAAACAAUUUUGAUGGAAAUCCAUUCCGAAAAAGUUCGCAAUACAUGCCGUCGUAUCAUUUUAAUUCCUCCAACAUAAUUAACUCUUCCCGUUUCUUAAACUGUUGCAGUAUUUUGUCUCCUGAUAUAUCAGAUGACAGCUGUUCUAGUGAUGAUGAAAGAAGUACUUUUCAUUUUAAUUAUGUGCCCCUAAGCUCGGAAAAUUUAAACAAAUCACUGUGCCCUUCUCUAUCAAUUACAAAAUUCGAAACAAUGCUUAUGAUAUUUCACAUGACUUUGAGGCAUGGUAUGACUAGUGCACUGAUUGAAGACAUUUUAAAAUUGGUCAACAAAAUAGUAGGUGAUGACAACGCUCUGGCCAUCUAAAUACUUCUUUCAAAAACUUUUUUCUCAAGGAACAACUAUGGAAACUCAAUUUUACUGCCCUACUUGUUGCAUUUAUCUGGGUCCUAAACACAACUUCAACGACUGUGAAGUAGCUUGUCCAUCAUGUGAUUAUCGGAGUCCCGCAAGUUCAAUGAAAAGCGACACUUUUUUCAUGUCAUUUAGCAUAAAAGAUGGAAUAAAAGAUCUCCUUCAGAGGCCAGAUGUCAACAUAAAUUUAGAUAAUCAUAUUAAUGUAGACAAUGUAAUACGUGAUAUAUAUGAUGGUACAAUUUAUCAGUCUUUAAAAAAAGAAAAUAUACGCAAAAAUGCUUUGACGAUUACUUUUAAUACUGAUGGAGCAAGUCUCUUUCAAUCUACUGGAGGUUCUUUGUGGCCAAUAUUUUAUACAGUAAAUGAAAUUGUUCCAAGUCAACGUUUUAACCCAGAAAAUGUACUUUUAGCAGGGUUGUGGUUUGGAAAUAAGUCUCCCAUUAUGGAUGUAUUUUUUAAACCAUUUGUAACUGAAUUAGUAGAUCUAGCUAAGUGUGGAAUUUUAUGGGACUGCCCUGGUCGAGGAAUUGUUGAAAGCACUGUAUAUGCUAUUUGUUGUGUCACAGACUCAGUAGCAAAGCCUAAAGUUCAAAACAUUGUACAGUUUAACGGAGCAUUUGGCUGUGGAUAUUGUUAUCAUCCCAAUGUUCCUACAGUUAUAAAUAAUGAAACUGGUCGUACAGCUCUGAAGUAUGUGCCCAAUAAAAUAUAUGCAUAUAGAUCAGAUAAAAAAAUUCGAAAGGAUAUGAGGAGAGAAAAUAUUGACUUAGGAGUAAAAGGCAAAUCUUGCAUAUAUAAUUUACCAGAAUUUAAUAUGUGUUUUGGGUUUGCAAUUGAUUAUUUACACCAAUCUUUAGAAGGCGUAAUGAACAAAUUGCUAUCUCUAUGGUUUGAUUCAAGUAAUCAUCAACAUAAUUUUUAUAUUGGGACAUUUAUUGGACAAGUAGAUAAAAGACUGUGUUCAAUAACUCCUCCAAGUUAUGCAUCAAGAAAGCCUAGGUCACUUACAGAUAGAGCACGAUUUAAAGGAAAUGAAUUUAGAAAUUUUCUGCUAUAUUAUGGGCUUCCAUGUCUUCUUCACAUAUUACCAGAAGUUUAUUACAACCAUUUUAAAAAAUUAGUCACUGCCGUAUAUAUUUAUCUCCAAGAAAAAAUAACCUUUUAUGAGGCAGAUUUUGCUGACAAUUUACUUCAUGAAUUUACUAUUGAAUAUAGCAGACUGUACUCUGAAGCUAAUGUUGUGUAUAAUAUCCAUUUAUGUAUGCAUUUAGGAAAAAUUGUCUCUAUGCUUGGUCCACUUUGGGCUUAUUCCACGUUUGUUUUCGAAUCAGGCAAUGGAUAUCUUAAAAGAUUGAUUAAAGGCACAACUGGUAUUGUAAGUCAAAUGGGGCGCAAAUAUGUUAUGUCCAAGAAUGCCUCCAAAUUAGUACGUAGUAAACAGUAUAAUGUUUGCAACGAUAUUUUAGAGUUUUGCUCAGACAUAUUUAUGUAUAAGCAAAUGAAAAAUUACACUGUCUGUAAUGAAUAUACUCUUCUUGGCAGAAAGUAUACUUCAGAACUUACUGCAAAUGAAAGGGAUCUUUGCAAUAUUUUAUUAAUAAAAUCCGUUUCAGUAGACUGCUACAAUAGAGUUGUUAAAUCUGGAGUCAUUUAUCAGGGAAAAAGGCACUCCAAACAGCAGCAAUUUAAUGACUCUUGUGUUCGACUAGAUUGUGAUGGUGCUUAUGCAUAUAUUGAUUUAAUAUUUCUAGCUUAUCAAGAGCAAUCAUUAGACGUGUUCUGCUUCAUUCGCCCAAUACAAUCGGCUCAAAACCACCUCAAAACAGAAAUCCUUAUAUGCCUCCACAUAUUAAGCAAUGCAGUCUAGAUCCAUUUGGACCUCUCCAAAUAUGUAAGAUGGGCAAUAUAUCGUCUAAAUGCAUUUUAAUCUGUUGUGAUGGAAAGAAAUAUGUUACUGAACGACCUAAUACUUACGAGAAGGAUUAAAAAAUGUUUUUUAUUCCAUAAUAUUUUUAUAUGUAUAUAUUUUGACUUUCAGUUAUUUGUGUUUUAAAUUAUUUUUUCGAUGUAUGAUCUCAGAAAAGUUAAGUGAAAUUUUAGAGUAAAAAUUUACUGUUAUUUUAUUCAUUUCCAAAAUGUAAUUAAAUGCAUGGUGAAGAAUAUAUUGUGAUAAACAUUUAAAGCGAAAUGGUAUUCAAUUGUAUUUUCCUUUUGUGCACCUUUCAGUGACGGUGCUUUAUAACUCACCUUAAAUUCUACCUAAAUUAUGGCAAAUGUAAAUGCUUUCUGAAUAAAGGUCGUGGGAACUACAUGCAACCUCUAUACAUUCCUACAUAUUAUUUCGUGUGCAUAUAUGUAUAGUUUUCUCUUCUGUUAUGUAUGUGCGUUUUUUAGAAUACAAUUUGGUAUACUCUGAGACGUUUUUUAUAACUGUAAAAUGCAAAGUAAAAUAUAUUUCUAUGACUUGAGACACUGUUUGUAUUUCUGUGCACCAUGACCAUGUUUUAA